AUGGCCGCGCAACUGUCGCCCGCGCAGCUGCAAGCCCUCAUGGCGCGCCUCAACCACCAAGGCGGCACCGCCUCAUCACCCCCGAGCCUCGACGCCGCUCUCAAGCUCUCGCCAGACCAGCUCGGCAGCGCACAAGGGUCCAGUGCUGUCGCACAACUCGUCCAAGCCCUGUCGCAAGGCUUCGACCCUUCGCCCGAGCAACGCCGCAAGCUCGUGUCGGCCAUCCUCCCCGCCGCAUCGUUCGCCCUCGACCACGCCGCUCCUCCACCCCACCUCCUCCACCUGUGCACCCUCCUCAAGCUCGUCGGCCGCAGCCCGGCCGGCACAGAAGAGCUCGCUCGAACAGACGGCCUCGCGGCACUCGUGCGCCUCGGCGGCCUCGCACGCGCCGCCGACCUGCCGCCGGCCGGCGAGGGCGACUCGGCGCCGACGCCGUCCAGCACUCGAGACGACGAGCAGGACGACGACGACGACCCUGCCGCCAAGGCCGCUCGCGCCCUGUCGUCGCUCGAGGAGGACCCGCUCUCGCCGCCAGAGCAAGAAGCGCUGCGCUGCCUCGCCAACACGCUCACGCUCCACCCGUCGGCGCGCGAGGUCUUUCCCGACGUCCUCCUCGCCGAGACCGACCAGCAUGCGGCCUUGCGCGGCCUCGUGCGGCUCCUCGGGUGCAAGGGCGCUGGGUUCCUCGCCGGCAGGCUCCUGUUCCUGUUGACGAGCCGGCCGAGCGAGCUCGUCGGCGAGUUGGCGCUCGAAGGAGAGUGCGUCCUCGUCAUGCAGCAGUUCGCCGAGCGCUACCUCGCCAUCUACCACUCCGAGUCGCACCGCCCUUCCCUCACCGCCGGCACCCCUUCCCUCGACGACAUCCUCCGCGAGCACCUCAAGCUCGCGUACAACCUCAUGCUCCAGUACUCGCGCGCUCCACCCGUCGUCCCCGAAGGGUUCGACAAGCCCUCGCCGAGCGCGGGCGCGAGCGCAGGCGCCGCCGCGUCGGGCAAGAAGCGCUUCCGGCGCCCGAGGGAGAAGAGCGGCGCGUCCAACUCGAGCUCGCCCGACCUCGGCGCGGCCGACGAUGCGUCUGACGCCGGCUCGGCGGCGGCGGCGGCGGCGGCGAGCGCGCCGGGCGCCAAGAGCCCGCGCUCGCUCGCGCAAAAGGUCGUCGACGCCGUCAAGGGUUCUACGUCGACGCCGGGCGCGUCGUCACCCGUGGGCAGCCCGUCUCUCGGCGCAUCGAAGGAGCUGGGCACGCAGCCCGCGGGUUCGUCAAGCGCGGCGCCGGCUGAGCCGUCCAAGGCGGCGGCGACCGAGGGCGGCUCGUCCGACUCGCUCAGCCUCACGGCGGCGCAGCUUUUCCUCCCGCUCUUCCGCCCGUACCUCAUCCUCGCCGUCAGCCUUCCUCCUGCCGUCACCUCUUCCUCGCCCGCCUCCUCGUCCUCGAGCGCGACGUCGCCUCAGCCGAUCAAGGACCCGUCACCUGUCGUCCGCGCCGCGCUCAACACGCUCCUCAACUUCCCCGUCGAGCUCGAGGAGCUCUCUGGGUGGUCGACCUCGUGGCUUCAGUACGUUCCGUCGCGCAUCUCGCCCGACGACGGCACGGUCCUGCGCGGCGGCGGCAUCGGCUCGCUCGGCGAGCGCCUCGUCGAGCUCCUCCACGGCGUCUGCGAGGCCUAUUUCCCGGCCGACCGCGCGCCGCCGAGCCCCAAGGCGUACUCGGCGCGCGACCGCGACGAGCCGAGGACGCUCGUGCCGCCGUGCGGGCCAGACGAAUGGAUCCCGAGCGGCGAGGGCGAGGCGGCCAAGGUCGACGAGAUCCUCGGGCCCGUCAUGCUCCUUCUGCGCAAGUUGAGCAUGCUCGGCGAGGCCCAGUUCGUGUUCCGCAACGUCCUCUUCCCGCCAGACCUAGACCGUUCCACGCCCAUCGACCGCCACCCGAGCCUCGCCGGCCACCUCGUGCGCCUCCUGUCGUCGAUCCUCCUCCCCAACACGUCAUUCGGCGUCGGCGAGUUCCUCUACAACCUGUGCGACCGCUCGCCCGAGCAGCUCUCGCGCACAAUCGGGUACGGCAACGCGUCGGGCUUCCUCCAGAGCCGAGGCGAGCUCAUCCCGCCGCCGCCGCACGAGGACGACGGCGGCCAGAAGGGCCCGCGCAUCAACCCGAUCACGGGCGCGUUCGACUCGCCCUCGAGCGCCGCUGCCGCCGACGACGACGAUGAGCCGCCGAUGAGCGAGGAGGACAAGGAGCGCGAGGCCGAGCGCCUCUACACGCUCUUUGAGCGGCUGCAGCGCACGGGCGUCAUCAGCACGCCGGCGAACCCGGUCGAGCAGGCGAGGGCGCAGGGUCGGUUCGAGGAGACGAGCGAGGAGCGCGAGGCGGAGCGGGAGCGAGUCGAGAGAGAGGAGCGCGAGCUCGAGCAAGAGGUCGAGCGCGACUUGCGCGAGUGGAAGGAGAGGAGGGCGAGAAGGGUCGAGUCGUAGCCUCACGAUUGCUCUCGAGGUCUCGCUCUCGAGCGGUACAGAGGAAGAUGCAGGCUAGUAGUUACAGCG